UAGGCAUGAUGACUGAUUUUGAAAAACAAUCCUAAAAUGUUCGGAAGAGUCUACUAUUUACGAAAAAUAUAAUAUUUCGGUAUAUAAUAAAGGUUUAUGUUGGAAAAAAUACAUUUUAAAUUUAAAUUCUCUGAUUCCCGCUAAAACGCUAGUCUGUUUAAUGGCGGCUGCUUGUGACGUUGCUGGUUCGUAAAGACAAUAACAGCUGAUUUAUUGCUCUUGUUAGUUGUAUGACUUUAAGUUUGUUUACGUUUGAAUUUUUAAUUUUUUCAUUACAAUGAUGAAUCCAUAUGUAUAUCGUUGGUGUGCGGUUCCUCAAUGUACUAAUACAUCUAUAAAAACUCCAAAAAAGCUUUUUAUUCAAGUUCCAAGGAAGGAAAAUAUAAGAAAUACGUGGUUAAAACUUGCAAGGCGAGAUUCAGCAAAUAUAGCUCCUAGCUCCGUUCUAUAUUUCUGCGAAGACCAUUUUGAUUUACCAAAUGAUAUGGAAAACUAUAUAAAGUAUUGUGUGAUGGGUGCAGCUGCACGAGUUCGUAUGAAACCAGGAUGCAUUCCUAAGAAGUAUGAGUGUCAACCAGAUAGAAGAAAACGUACUUCCAACAUAACUGAACGAUCGUACGUUAUUAAAAAACAACGAAGGAUGCUAAUUCAAGAGUGUGAAAAGGAUUUGACUCAGGCUACAUCUACACAACAGUUAGAAACCAUUGACAUUUCAUCGGAAAGUUCAGUUUUGCACACAAUCGAAGAUGAAGUGCCAACAACCUAUCCGGAAUCAGCUGACAAAUCUGUACAAGUGAUUAUGAGACGCAAAUUUAGAAGCAAAGCUGUCCAGACAGAGGUUAUGUCCAUAAACCAGUUUACAUCACCAAUAAAACCUGAGCACAAAUCUGUUUCUACAUCCCCAUUUAAAAUUGUUCAUUGUCCAACCCAUACUAUUAAACCAGGAAUAUCAAACUUAUAUAAAACAUCAAAAUUUACUAUAGAAGAACAAUCUGACAUUAGGGAUUCGUUAUAUACACCAACUCAAGAAGAAAUAUCUCCUUCCAUGCAGUUUCUUCCAAUACAGUCUUCAGAUUGCAGUGAAGUUAUUGAAGAAGAAAAAAAAGAAGAGGCUUCAAAUAUCAUAAAAUACACUGUGAUGAAAAUUAUGAAAAAUCCACGAUCUUACAUGGGUCUCCCCAAAAACUGUUUAUAUUUGAUCGAGUUAAUUGCUACAGACACACAAAUUCCGGUUAAUCAUGUACUGCUUUGCUUAAAAAAAAUUAGAUUAAAUAGUCCAUUCAGAGAAUUAGCUGAUGAUUUUUCUAUUUCAACCACCUAUGCAAGCAAAGUAUUUUUUAAAAGUAUUCCGAUGAUAAAUAGCGUAAUGAGGCCAUUCAUUGUUAAGUUGGACAGUGUAUUAACAAAGCGUACUCUGCCUAUGGCCUUUAGACAUAAAUUUCAUAAAACUAGUUGUAUAAUAGAUUGCUUAGAAAUUGAAAUUCAAAAGCCUUCUAAAGCAGUUAAUCAAGCAUUAUCAUGGUCAGAUUAUAAAAAAGCCAACACCAUUAAAUAUUUAGUGUCUUGUACACCAAAUGGACUGGUAAAUUAUGUAUCACCAGGCUAUGGAGGUAGAGUAACUGAUACAUGCUUGGUGGAGUCAUGUGAUUUUAUAAAACAUUUAGAACCUGGCAUGUCUGUUAUGGCGGAUAGAGGAUUCAAACAUGUAGAGCAAUAUCUAUAUCAACACAAGGUGCAACUUGUAAGACCUCCAAGUGUUGUAACUGGUAAGAAACUAUCCAAAAGUGAGGUGAAAGAAACCAAGCAGAUUGCUAGUUUAAGGAUACAUGUUGAAAGGGUGAUUAGACGCUUACGAGAGUUUCAUAUGUUAAAGCCUCAUGCAUGUCUUAAUCCAAAUUUUGUGAAAAUCCUUGAUGAGAUUAUCCAAAUUGCAUGUGCUUUGAUAAAUUUACAGGAUUCCUUAAUUAAAUAAAAGUACAAUUAUUAUUA